UAUGUAUCCUGUAAAAAAUAAUAUUUACUCUUAUAAAAUCUUUAUUUAUUUCAACCUUAAGCAUAAUUUGUUUUCUUUCAAUUUUAUUAGGUCUUUAUCUCAACCCUUUAUCAACUUUAUUAGCUUUUCUUGAUUCGACAAUUGCUUUAUUUUAUUAGCUUUUUUCUGUUCUUAGGAUUGUUUUGCUUGUUAUCCUUUCAAAUUCUAGUCAAGACAUUUUUUUCAUCGGAAACAUUGUUAUCGUUCAUCUUCACCAUCAAAUUGCUUUGUUGUCUGUUGUAAAUAAAAUUGUUGUCGCAAUUGCAAUACAAUUUAUUGUCAUUUUAAUUUUAACCCUAUGUUUACUUGUUUGUGUUCCUCUCUCCAUAUUACCUUGACAUAAUGUUUAAAAAUAAACGUUCUCUUGAUAAAUGGCUGCGAUUUUCUCGCUGUGGUGAACAGAUCGAAGGUACUCCUUUUGUCCCCUUCAAAGUUCCUAUUCAUAAUGCGAGUGACAGAUUGCCAAGCAAUGAACGUUUCUCAUUUGAAGAUGUAUUCAGAAAGCAUCCCAAUAUUGGACUUGUUAUUGAUCUCACUAACACCACUAAAUAUUACAGUCCUACAGUUAUUUCACGUUUUGGUGCUAUUUACUGUAAAAUAGCGAUGCAAGGCCAAGGAACUCUUCCAGACGCUCUACAGGUUGUAGAAUUCAAUAGAACCGUUGGCAGCUUUAUGCGAAACAAUCGUAAUCAACUGAUUGGUGUUCAUUGCACACAUGGAGUCAAUCGAACAGGCUUCAUGAUUUGCCAGUACAUGGUGAAUCAUUUGCGAAUGUCUGCAAGCUCAGCAGUUCAUUCCUUUCAAGAGGCAAGAGGCCAUGAAAUUGAAAGAAAAAGUUACGUUGAUGCCUUGUACAGAAUGGAUGUCAGCUCUUAUCGCAAUAAUUAUAACAACAGAUACAGCAGAAACAACACGCUUAAUGCCUUGGUUCAACAAGAACGAGCCUAUCCCAGAGCGAUCACAACUAGAACCAGACCUAGUCGAUGGUCAUCGUAAACUCAUUUAGGAUCUAUCCAUUUUCAUUAAUUUCUGGAGACCAAUCAAUUUUACUAAUAUCUCUUUAAAUACAAUGUGAUCAUGGAUCAAGCAAGACUGAAGAAACAGAGAUUUUAUCAUUACUCUCAUACUACGCAUGGAAAUUUGAACUUACUGAUCAACUUAUUGUUCAAAAUAUAUUCUCAUCAAACUAAUUACCAAGUAGCUGCACGAAAAAUUUAAUCUGCUGAUUUGAAAAUUCAUUUAAUCGAAACUGCAUGUGUAUGCCAAUGGGGUGUAAAAAAUUUGGUUAUGAAACCAAUCAACUCAAAAUUUAAUGAACGAAACUAUUUUCCUCAACCUUUUUCAGAGAUUAUCAUUUCAAACAAAUCAUUCUUGACAAAUCAAUUGAUUUAUUUUGUUGAUACAAUUUACUUUAAAGCAUCUCAAUGAAUUUAUAUUGACCUGUAAAUGUAUUUUACAAUGUAUUCAUCGCCAAUGUAGUACAAUGUAAAUUAUUUAACUCUUAAGGUCUAUCUUUCAGAGAAAUGUUUACUUUCAAUUGGGUGAUGUGUAAAAAUGAAUUGUAUAUAAGUACACUUCAUGUUUUAUGGCAAAAUGAUAUAAUUAACAAGUUGCUUCAAUUGUUAUUAAAAGACUGGUUAUAGAAAAA